AUGGACAAUAUGAAUGAUGAUGUAACCUAUCCGCUUGAUAUAAGUUCACUUAAUCGAUAUUUUAUUCAAUUGAUUUCUUGUGGUGAUGAUUACCAAUUUCAAGAAUUGAUUAAAACAUUUUUACCAAUACUUAUUCGAAGUAUUGAAUUACAAACAGAUGAUUUUAGAAAAAAAGUAGUUGAAGUUUUUAUACAUAUAAAUAAACGAGUCAAAACUCGACCGGAAAUUCAAAUUCCAGUCCAGAGUCUUUUAGAAAUAUUUACAACAUCAAUACAAUGUUCACCAUUUGCUUCUAAUUUUUCUAUAAUGUAUAUUAAAAUGGGUUUUAUGCGUUUAAAACCUGAUCAUCAAGUUGAAUUAGUACCUCUUCUUUUUCAAUCGUUAACAAAUCGAUCAAUUUCUCAUCAAGAAUUACUUAUGGGUCUCAUUGUUUAUGCUUUACAACAUAUUAAAAUUAUUCCAAAUAUGAAUGAAAAUAUUAUUAAAUAUGGUCUUACUGAUCAACCAAUAAUUCGAAAUUUAUUUCUUAAUUUUCUUCUUAAUGUUAUUCUUUUACCUUACAAAUUUGAAGAGACUAAACCUCGAAAUACGACUCGAACUACUCAACAACGAUCAUAUAUUGAACCUUCUCAAGCACCUAUUGAUGAAGUACUUUUUUCAACAAUGGAUGAUGCACCAAGUAAAGAAGUUGAAGUAUUUAAACAACCAUAUCCAUGUAUGAAUGAACAAUUAUAUAAUCGAAUAACUGAAGCUAUACAAACCGAUGAUUUAAAUCAAGUUGAAAAACUUAAAGUUGCAAUAUUAAAAUUUCUCAAUGGAAAUAUUUAUUCAGAAAAUGAUAUCAUAUUUCAUUUUGUAUUAGCAACAGCUGAUUCAAGAUACUCUGUUGUUUUAGCUGCAGAACAUGAUAUAAAACGUUUAACAGUUGCUGUUGAUUGGAAUUCAAUGCAACAUGUACAAAGUUUAUUUGAAUUCUUUUUAGGAACAUCAAAAACAAUUAAACAACAGAAUGAAGAACUGAUUCGUAAUCCAUCAAAUACUCGAAUACGUUUAAAACUUUAUCCUUAUUUACUUAAGUCACGAACAGCUAGUACAAUUUUUCCACAUGCGAUUCAAGUUCUUUAUGAAAGUCUUUUUGGUAAUUCAACAAAUAUUCGUAUUAAAUAUUUUUCAUUACAAUUUGCACAAAAUAUGAUACAAAAUGCGGAAUUGAAUAGUCUUGUUGGUGUAUCAAAAUUAAUAUUACAUGCAUUUGAAAAAAUUCUUAAUACAGAAACAAAUAAAACACAUGAUGCAUCUCGUUUAAGAAGUUUAACAUAUGUUUUAAUUGGUAAACUUUCAUAUCGUGUACCAAAAUUAUUUUCUGAUGAUAUUAGAUUAACACAACAAUUUUUUGAAGCAUUAAAAACAGAAGAUAAUGAAUGUUGUUUAAAUAUUCAAGAAGCUCUAACUCUCUUAGCAUAUGCUCAAAAAGAUGCAAGUGUAUCAAGUAAACAUAUGCUUCAACAAUUAUUAACUCAACAAGUAAUGCCUAGUUCAACUGCUGAAUCUCAAUCAGUUGAUUAUCCACAAUGUCGUCAAGCAGCUGUAUCAUAUGUAAUGGACGUAUUUCCAUCGAAUGAUUGUACAUCACGUUUUAUUCUUCUAACUGCAUGUUCAGAUAAAAAUGAAGAUAUACGUUCAUUAGCUCGUCGAAAUUUAUUUACUGAACAAGAUAAUAAUUAUCCUGAUUUUCAAUUAUUACUUAAAUUAAUUUUAUCAAAUAUUAAUAAAAAUUCUUCAAUAGAUAGACAAACAUUAAUUUAUCAUCCUCAAACAUAUCAAGAAAUGAUUUAUUAUCUACAUCGUUGUUUAAUACGACAAAGUUUUAAUGGUGAAAAAACAACACCAUUAUGGAAAUAUGAAGAACAAUUAUUAUAUGUAUAUGAUAUAGCAAAACAAAAUACAACAAUUUGGUAUAAUUAUAUACAAUUUUUACUUGAUUUUGUACUUAUUAUACAUGAUUGUUUAUCAACAUAUUUUUUAUUUGAAGCUAUUAUUAUUGGUUAUCAUUUAAAUGAUAAUAAAUUAAUUGAAUUAUUUAAUGAUAAUUUAAGUUCAUUUCGUCAAUUAUGUCUUUUUUCAACACGUGAUGAUACACGUCGAUAUUCAUCAUUAUUAUAUGCAUAUGUAUUAUCAAAAAAUCCAACAAAUUUAUUAGCUAUUGAUGAAUUAAUUAAAAUUAUACAAAAUAUAAAUCAACGUUUUGAACAACGUGAAGCAAGUAUACUUGCAUUAGGUUAUAUUUGUUCAUAUUUAGAUAAAUCAAAUAAAUAUUUAAAUUAUGGAAAAAAUCUUCUUUUAAAAAUUUUUUUUGAUAAUCAAAAUGAAUAUAUUUUAUCAUUAUUAAUAUCAAUUGGACAACUAGCACGAAUGAAUUGUUUUAAUAAUGAUGAUGAAUUAAAUAUAAAAAAUUUUAUUGAAAAAAUUCAAAUUAAAAUAAAAACAAUUAAUGAAACAAAUCGAAUUAAAGAAAAAGCUAUACAAACAUUAGGAUUUUUAGCUGUUUGUUAUAGAGAACUAAGUCAAAAUAUUAUUGAUAUUUUAACACAAUCACUUGUUGAAACAAAACAAAUUGAACUUCAACUUAAUAUUGGUGAUGCUCUUGUAUGUUGUAUUCUUGGUGGUGAUACACCAUUGGUUAAUGAUCCUUAUGAUAUUUUUAAUCAAAAAUCUUUAUCUAAUAAUAAAAUAUCAAAAGAUGAAUAUGAAUUUCGAUCUGAUUUAAUAAAAUAUCUUAUUGAUCGUAUUCUAUAUUAUUCAUCUGAUAUAAAUAAUUCACAUAGUAGACAAGCAGCAUUUUUAUGGUUAUUAACAUUUCUUAUACAUUGUCGUCGACCAUAUUUAAUAUCAAUAUAUCGUUCAUUAUUUGAAUUAAAAUUAUUUUCAUUACAAACAAAUCUUAUUUAUGGUUUACUUGAUCAAGAUGAAUUUAAUCAAGAAUUAUCAUGUAAAUGUCUUAUUUAUAUAUAUGAAAUAAUUGAAAAUAAUGAAUUAGAAUCAAAAUUUAAUAAUAAAUUAUUUGAAUAUUUUACUGAUAAUACACGUACAUAUUCAAAUCAAUUAACAACAAUGAUUUAUGAACAUAAUACACAACAAAUAAAUAUAGAUAAUACACAAACAAUAUUUUAUAAAGAAUUAUGUUCAUUAGUUGACUUAUUAUCAAUAGAAAAAAAUUUUAAAUCUCAAUUAUUUUAUUCAUUUCUUUAUUUAGCACAUGAAAAUUCUAUAUGGUCAACAACACGUUAUGGACAAAUAUUUCAUAAAAAUGAUUAUGAAAAAAAAUCUAUUGAUUUUAUAUUUAUUUAUAUUGAACAAUUAAUAUCAAGACUUUAUCGUCUAUUAUAUGAUCCACAAAUGCGUAUACAAGAAUGUAUAAAACGUAUAUGGAAUAAAUUAUUUUCUUCAACUAAACAAAUAACUAUUGUUGAAAAAUAUUUUUCAAUUAUAUUUAAUGAUUUAUAUAAUGAUAUAUUAUCAACACGUUGGCGUAUACGUGAAAGUAUACAAUUAGCUUUAUUAGAUAUAUUUCGAAUGUUAAAUAGAAAAUUAAUUGAUAAUCAACAAUAUAUUAAAUUAUUUCAAGAAUUAUUUCGUCGUUUAUUAGCUGUUUGUGAUGAUACAAAAGAAUCUGUACGUAAAGCAGCAUUAACAACAAUUAAUUCAUUUAAACAAAAUUGUUUAUUACUUGCUUGUGAUCCAGCUACAACGAUAUCAAAUUCUAUGAGUGAAGAAGAACAUAAAGUACGUGGAAGAUAUGUACUUGAACAAGUUUUACCUGUUAUUUUAAAUGAUGGACUUUAUAAUAAAAAUGAAGAUAUUGCAAAAUUUUCAUUGAAUACAAUUAUCGAAAUAAUUCGUUAUGGUGAUCGUGAUACAUUAAAACCAUAUUGUACUGUAAUAAUCAUAGCUCUAUUUGAAGCUUUAUCAUCAAUUGAACCUGAUAUAUUUAAUUAUGCUUCAAUGAAAUUAUCAGCAUCUGAAAUGAAAGAACAAAUUGAUGUAGCACGUUUACAUUGUGCACGUUCAUCACCAAUAAUGGAUGCAAUAAAUACAUGUACAAAUCAAUAUGUUGAUGAAAAUAUAUUCGAUGAUCUAUCAGGAAAAUUAAUUGAAACAAUCAAACAUUCAAUUGGUUUAACAACAAAAUGUCUUAUUGGACAAUAUUUUAUAACAUUAAGUAAUUUAUAUCCAAAGAUUUCAUCAAAAUAUGUUGGUAAAUGGAUGGCUAUAUUAGUUAAUACAAUGAGUAUUAAUUCAAAUCGUACAUUAAGAAAAACUUAUACAAAUGUAUUAGGUUCAAUUGUACGUAUAGCAAAACGUUCAUCAAUUGAAAAUCUUUUACAAAAAAUUUCAACAUGGUAUUAUCAAACUGAUAAUGAUUAUCAAUAUGUUUGUGCAUUAACACUUAAUUCAAUAUCACAAUCAAAUCAUGAUAUACUUUUAGAAUUUGGUCAACAAAUAUUACCAUUAAUUUUUUUAGCUAUGCAAGAAAAUUUAUCAAAUAUUAAAGAUGAUAAUGAACAACAAGAAGAAUUUAUAUGGAAAAAUUUAUGGAUUGAACAUACAGGAAGUUCAAUAACUGGAAUUCAAACAUAUAUUAAAGGAAUUAUUGAUAAUAUACGUUUAGCUAUUGAACAUAAUUCAUAUACAAUGAAAAUAAAAGGUGCACGUGCUAUACAAAUGAUUGGAGAAAUAUUAAAAACUAAUUUAAAUAAUGAAUAUUUAUUUGUCUUAGUUGAAUUACUUUUAAAAGGACUUUAUGGAAGAGUUUAUGAAGGAAAAGAAUAUUUUCUUCAAGCUAUUGAAACAAUUUGUACAUGUUGCAAAGAUUCAUUAAAAAGUUCUUCUGAUCUUGUUCAACGUAUUUAUGAAAAUAUUCUUAAAGAAUGUAAAAAACAAUCACUUAAAUAUCGAUCUGUGGCUUUACGUGUAUUAUCAUUACUUGCUGAUGAAUAUAAUUUUCAAGUAUAUGAACUAUUUUGGACAUGGUUUGAAAAAGCAUUUAAACAAACGGAUCCAAAUGAAGAACAAGAUAAAAAAGAUAGUGAUGAAGAUCCAAUUAUAUCCGAUAAAUAUAAUCGAAUAUUAAUUGAAUGUUUACCAAGAUUUUGGCCAAAAACAUCUCAAAUAGAAUCUUCAUAUAAAAAAUUAACAUUUGAACUACUUAUUGAAAUAAUUAUUCGUUCAAAUUGGCAAAUACAAUUAAUUGUUAUACAAUCAUUAAAUGAAAUUUUACAAAAACGUUCAACAAUAAUUUCUUCGGAUAUAAUAUAUUUAAUUGAACCAAUUCUUAAUUUAGGUCCACGUACAAAAUCUAGUGGAUUAAAACGUGAAAUACUUAAAUUUUUAAAAAUUUUAUUUGAAAAUUCACAAUAUUCAAUAUGUUUUUAUGAAAAUGAACAAAUUAAAAAUAUUCUUCAAUUUAAUAUCGAUGAAAUGAUACAUGAUAAUCGUUCAACUGAAAUAAGUGAACAAGCUAAAGAAUUAAAAAAACAAUAUGAACAUUUAUUUAUAAAAACAAAAUCUAUGGAAAUAACAAAUUUUGAUCAAAAUGAAAAUAAUUUAUUUUGA